GAGAUAUCAGCUGAUGUAUGAAGGGCUAUAUAAAUCAAUUUGAUUUGAUUUCAACGUCUUGACCCCUGCAGGUACAUGGCCAUCAUCCACCCUCUGAAGCCCCGGUUGUCGGCUACAGCCACCAAGGUGGUGAUAAUGUGUAUCUGGGCGCUGGCCGUGGUGCUGGCCUUCCCACUCUGCUUCUACUCCACCAUCCGCAUCCUGCCCCGCCGAACCAUCUGCUACGUGGCCUGGCCCCGCAAAGAGGACGACCCCUUCAUGUUUCAUAUCAUUGUGAUGGUACUGGUCUACCUGCUGCCCCUAAUGGUAAUGGGAAUCACCUACACCAUCGUUGGGGUGACUCUGUGGGGGGGAGAGAUCCCAGGGGAUUCAUCUGACAACUACCACGGCCAGCUCCGGGCCAAGAGGAAGGUGGUCAAGAUGAUGAUCAUCGUGGUGGUGACCUUCGCCCUCUGCUGGCUGCCGUACCACGUCUACUUCAUCGCGACGGGCCUCAACAAGGCUCUGAUGAGGUGGAAGUCCAUCCAGCAGGUCUACCUGUCAGUGCUGUGGCUGGCCAUGAGCUCCACCAUGUACAACCCCAUCAUCUACUGCUGCCUCAACAGCAGGUUCCGGGCUGGCUUCAAGCAGGUGUUCCGCUGGUGCCCCUUUGUCCAGGUGUCCAGCUAUGACGAGCUGGAGCUGAGGGCCACGCGCCUCCACCCGGCCCGCCGGAGCAGCAUGUACACCUUGUCUCGCAUGGAUACCGCCGUGGUAGUGGUGUAUGACCCUGUAGACAGAACAAACAACCAGAACCAGGCCAGGAAGAAGAGCUACGUCAACCCUAGAGUAGAAAACGGGCUUGGUUGCAAUAGGAACGGGGCCAAGGCAGGCUGCGCCCCCAGUGCUGAGGCUGAGGACUUCUCCUAAAGGAGGGCAUACGAGAAAGCAGACAAACACACUGGCAUGUGUUCACACACACAGGCAUGUAUAGAGUGGUAACUUAUACUGUGUACAGUACAUGCAAAAACAGGUAGACAUUGCAAACAUGCAUACAAGACAUGCUGUCCCUGUCAAUACACACACAUGCAAACACACACUUUUCAAAGAGUUCAGAGAAGAUGGCAGAAAACACAUGUUAGAUGAGAAGCAGGAAUUCAUUGUCAAAUAUAACCAUUAGAUAACAUAUUGUUGUACGGUCUGUAAUACUGAGUGUACUGUAUAUAAAAACAUGCAUACGAAAAAAUAUACAAAAAAUGCCUGGCCAAGUAACACCCUGAAUGUAAAGGCUACUGAGUGUUCAAAACAUUAUGAACACCUGCUCUUUCCAUGACAUAGACUGACCAGGUGAACCCAGUUGAAAGCUAUGAUCCCAUAUUAAAUCCACUUCAAUCAGUGUAGAUGAAGGGGAGGA